GUGGAAUUUUGUGUAUAGAGACGCUAGUUGGCUAGAAAUAAUCUUACUUUUUCACAGUUGAACCUUUACCAAACUGGUUUCGUUGGUUAGCAUGUGUGGAUAGUAACAAAUUACAAUCUCAUAGAGAUAGCGUAGAUUUCGCAACAACGAAAUAUGUUACGAAAUAAAAAUAAAAGUAUAAAGACAAAUGUUUUUACUUUGGAAUGGUUAAGGAAUAACGAAUUUCACUAAAUACGAUUUAAUGGAAAAUAAAGUGAAAGUAAAUUGAACUGUUUAUUUAUAAUUUUAUUGAAUAGAUAAAUACAAAAAUAUUGAAACAGCAGAAAGGCAACCAGUGAGUAAAAAAAAUUAUUAAAGUAAUGACACUUAUAAACAUUCCAUAUGUUCUGUUCGAUAAACAUGUUUGUUUUGCGUAAACAAUAUCCAAUAAAUUAUCUUUGUGAUAACGUAAAGAGUGACCUUGAACAGCGCACACCUCCACGAACUAAAAACAGAAAAGACAAAUAAUAUUUAAUCAUGAAUAAGAAUAAAAACUGUUUUAAAAUUGUACGUAUUUUAUUGAAAGCAAACUUCAAAGCUGAAGCGAUCAUGCGAUGUAUGAUAGCUCGCAGUGAUCGAAUCGAAAUAUAAAAUUGCCGGAGAGCGCUGACCAGUUCAUUGGUAACUCAGACAUCGGGCACUGAACAUCGUUCUAUUUAUUUUUCGCUUUAAUUUUUCGAUAACUAAGUGUGGUAAUGGCACCUAUAAACGCGAACGAUAUCGUGGAGAAAAAUUGUUUGGUCACGCAGAAGGUCCUGCCGGAAAUCGGAUCUGAUUGUAAUGGAAAUGAAAAAACUGGAUAUUCUUAUGAAACAUUAGUGGAGACCGCAAAUUUCUUGCUGUCGAGAAUAUCAGAGAAACCGAACAUUGGGAUCAUUUGCGGCUCUGGGAUGGGUUCGUAUUGGAAAGAGGGUUCACUAGCAGAAAGUAUAACAGACGGCGUAAGAAUACCAUACGAAGAUAUUCCAAACUUUCCCAUAAGCACAGUGGAGGGUCAUCAUGGUCAGCUUGUUUUCGGUCACAUAGAAGGAGUGUCCGUCGUUGCUAUGCAGGGCCGUUUUCAUUACUACGAAGGAUAUCCACUGUGGAAGUGUUGUCUACCAGUGCGAGUGAUGAAACUGUUGGGAGUGAAAAUUUUAAUAGCGACUAACGCUGCAGGCGGCCUUAACCCUAACUACAAAAUUGGUGAUCUGAUGAUUGUAAGAGACCACAUCAACAUGAUGGGUUUUGCUGGAAACAAUCCUUUGCAUGGACCCAAUGACGAGAGGUUUGGACCUAGAUUCCCCCCUAUGAACAAAGCCUAUAAUUAUGAAUUUAGAAAAAUUGCUAAAGAGGUUGCGAAGGAAUUAAACAUCGAUCAUAUUGUAAGGGAAGGAGUUUAUACAUGUUUGGGCGGUCCAAAUUUCGAGACAGUCGCCGAAUUGAAUAUGUUAAAGAUGGUUGGAGUAGACGCUGUUGGCAUGUCUACUGUUCACGAGGUUAUCACAGCUAGACACUGCGACAUUAAAGUAUUCGGAUUAUCUCUGAUUACGAAUGAAUGCAUUACUAAUUACGAUCAAGAUGCAGAAGCUAAUCACGAGGAAGUUCUUGACGUAGGCCGUAUGAGGCAGGAAAUGCUCCGAAAAUAUGUAUCCUGUCUUGUUAAGAAAUUCUCACAGGCCGACCCUGAUGCACCAUGAAAUGAUGUUCAAUAUGUAUAUAAUGUAUAAAACACAAAGGAUAGGGCUUAUGAAAGAGAUCUGCGGACAAAAAUAGUCUAUACUUAACAUCUAUUCUAUGGCCCUCAUUUAAAGGUCAUAAUUAUUUUUAAAACUGAUUUUUAUACACACUUACUUAGUACAAUUAUGAUCCAAUUAUGGCCGUCUGCUAGAAAUAUAUAAUUAAGAGUCACGAAUAAUUUUUUAUUUACAAUUAUUGUAAUUUAAAAAUUAAAAUUAAACAGAUCCGUGUUCUUUUAUAUAGUCAAAAACCAAAUCUUAAAUUUUGUUUAUUCUGUUAACUUUAUUUAAGAACUUUAAUGCUUUUUUCUUUUUGUUAAAUAAGCUUUUGAUGUGUGUAAUUAAGGAAAUAUUAUUUUCGGUUUCUAUUUUUUUCAUGGUCAUUGGCAUUAAUAUUUAUACGAAUUCAAUAAGUUAGUAAUUUUGAGAUAUAGAUACAUAUUUACUUGUUUCCUAGGUUUUUUAUUUUGAUUAGUAUGUAAUUGUCUAGAAUUAUGUCUUUAGAUUAAAAUUCCUUUUUCACCUGUGUAUUCAUUUUGUAUGAAUACAUAUUAUGUAUCUCAAAACACUAUUUGUUAAAAACGUUUAUGAGGUCAAAAUUAUAUAAUUUAUGAAAAAAUGUACAUUAUCUAUUUAUAAACAGUGAUACGAUUAUUUUGUAAGCUUUUUACUAUACUAAUUUCAUAUUACAAUCUCAAUAAAUAUGUUUUUCUAAA